AUGCGUGUUUUAUGUGAACGCUGCCAGGCGUUAAUCUGGGUGUGGACCGUUCCAAAUCCAGGACGAGUCGUUGCUUCAGUAGGAGUUUGUUUCGGUCACACGCGCUCCGGCCUCUCCGACGGGUCGAACCCAGUCGGCAUCUGUCCCGGUCCGCCUGCCAACACAGAGCCGCGUUCUCCAACAUGUGGCUCCGAACGGGUGACCCCUGGCUACAACUAUUUACCCCAAUCCCACACAAUCCCUGUCUUUGUGCUCUUUGUCUCAGAGGAGACAGAAAGCUGCCAGCCUGCAGCGUUUGGAUCUGUGUGCAGACGGACCGGUGGAGGAACCAAUCGGUUUCUGUUCAGACUCGGAAUGAUUCAGCCGGGUUGGAGGAAACGUCCUCACUCCGGCCGAACAAAGCCCCGUUCUUCCUCAGCCUUCCUCUUCCUCACAGAGCUGCAGUGUUUUACAGAGACAUUGGGGAACGUCGGGGAGAACCCGGUCUGCUUUCCACCCGGUGCCGGAGCAAAACCUUCUCCAGAACACGGUGAGCAAACUAACGCCCACGUCUCGUCGCUCCGCAGGAACGCCAAGAAGGAGUCGGACCUGGAGGCGGCGCUGCUGCGGCUGCGGGACCUGGAGGCCAUGCUGAACUCCAAAGACGCCGCCUACACCACCGCCCUGGGCGAGAAGCGCAACCUGGAGGCCGAGCUGAAGGAGCUGAAGGCCCAGCUGGCCAAGCUGGACGUCAGCCUUGCCGAUACGAAGAAGCAGCUGCAGGAUGAGAUGCUGCGGCGGGUGGAUGCAGAGAACCGCCUGCAGACCCUGAAGGAGGAGCUGGAGUUCCAGAAGAACAUCUACGCCGAGGAGCUGCGUGAGUCGAAACGUCGACACGAGUCUCGCAUCGUGGAGAUCGACAGCGGCAAGCAGCAGGAGUUGGAGAGCAAGCUGGCCGACGCGCUGGCCGAGCUGAGGGCGCAGCACGAGGACCAGGUCGGCCUCUACAAGGAGGAGCUGGAGAAGACCUACCGCUCCAAGCUGGAAAACGCCUGCCAGUCAGCGGACAGACACAACCACCUGGUGGGCGAGGCUCACGAGGAGCUGCAGCAGACCCGGGUCCGUCUGGAGGGCAUGACGGUCCAGCUGACCCAGCUGCAGAAACAGCUGGCGGCCAGCGAGGCCAGAGUCCGGGAGCUGGAGGAGUCCAUGGCGCGGGAGCGCGACAUGAUGCGGCGCCGCCUGGAGGACAAGGACCGCGACAUGGCCGAGAUCCGGGCCCGGAUGCAACAGCAGCUGGAUGAGUACCAGGAGCUGCUUGACAUCAAGCUGGCCCUGGACAUGGAGAUCAACGCGUACAGGAAGCUGCUGGAAGGAGAGGAGGAGAGGCUCCGCCUCUCCCCCAGCCCCUCCUCCACUAAGGUCACAGUGACCCGGUCCUCCGGGUCGGGCCACACCAGCCGCCUGCUCCUCUCCUCCGCAUCCUCCUCUGCUGCUGCAGCAGCCGCCGCCGCCUCCAGCAGCCGCACUUCGUCCAGCGCCAGCAAGAAGCGCCGCCUGAAUGACAACGACAGCGAGACGUCCAGCAUGGUGGGCGGCACCAUCACCAAGACCCGCAUCAGCCAGCAGGCCUCCGCCAGCGGACGCAUCACCGUGGACGAGGUCGACCUGGAGGGCAAGUUCAUCCGUCUGAGCAACAAGGCGGACGAGGAUCAAUCGUUGGGCAACUGGCAGCUGAAGAGGCAAGUCGGCAGCGGCAGUCCGAUCAUCUACAAGUUCCCCAGCAAAUUUACCCUGAAGGCCGGAUCCACCGUGACGAUCUGGGCGGCCUCUGGUGGUGGAACCCACAACCCGCCCACUGAUCUGGUGUGGAAGAGCCAGGCGUCCUGGGGCAGCGGCGACCUCCUGCAGACCACGCUCAUCAACGCCGCUGGAGAGGAAAUGGCCUCCAGGAAAGUGACACGCACCUUGUUCCAGGACGACGAUGAUGAUGACAUGGGAGCCCACAGCACCAGCGGUGCAGAGAAUGAGUACAACCUACGCAGCCGCACGGUCAUCUGCGACUCGUGCGGCCAGACGUCGGAACGCUCCGGCGGGUUGGACGGCCUCAUCGGACAUUCCUCCUUCAUGGGAACCAACGAUCCCAGACAGGGUGGCAUGAAGCCGGAGAACUGCUCCGUCAUGUAAAAACCAAAGAGCACCUCAUCUGAACGCACCACAGAGCAGGAUCCUUUUCUACCAACAGGAUCUCUUUUUUUAUUUUUUUAUAAGAUUAUUUCUUUUUUGUAUCCAGAUUAAUGUGCAGGUUGGAUCUGCUUCACGGUUUUGGGGGAUGGGCUCAGGAUGUUCAGAUUUCCUCUUGUUGAAUUCAUUUUUUCCUGCAUGUCUUAUUUUGGCCUCAGCUCUGUCUGCACACUCCGCUCCGGUCUGCUCCGCUCCGGUCUGCUCCGCUCCGGUCUGCUCCGGUCCAGUCCGGGCUUUCCCUGCCGCCGCUGAACACACAGCUGGCGAACAAACCCCAGAGCUUUAAUAAUCAUGCUGUUGGAAGACUUCUGUUUACACUUUGUUUGCUGGAACAGCAUCGUUUCUGUGUGUAUAUGCAACAGGAAAUAUCCUCCAAAGAAAAAGACUGUUGGCUCAGGUUUUUAAACAAACAUCUUGUAUAUUUCCUUUAGGCGACGUAGUCGUGCAGCUGUGGUGCGUGGAAAUUAUGAAAUUAAGCUUGCUUGCACAGAUAAAGUUCAGCUUCUAGUUUAGAGCAUCUAUAGAAGAUGGCUUGGUUUAUAGAAAAAGUUGAGCUCGUAUGUUUUGCUUAAUUUUACUCCCUUUUUCCUCUUUCUAAGCACAGCGUGGUUCAGCUGGUCCACAAGCGCUGAUCAGGCAGCAGCAGGAGCAUCCGACAGUCCAGACAGGGAGGGAAGGUCAGGAAGUGGAGGAAACCCUGGAGGACUGCAGCUUAAAGGAGGCUGGCUGGUGGCAUCUCGCUGAUGUUGGCAGUUUUCCUUCCAACAAAAACCCAAAGUUAUUGUGAAAUCUUUGGGCUCCACGUUACAACAGUUCACCUGCAUUCAAACCCACAACGCGACCCGAUCAAACUCCACUUAAAGCUGUAGUACGCAACUUUUACUAAAAUACGUUCUUUCCAUAUUUAAUAAAAAUAUCGCCACAUCUUUACAGUUUAAAAUGAAACAAAAAAUUUGUAAAAAAAAAAAAAAAAAAAAAAAAAAAAAAAUCUAGUUCUUCCCAGUGGUGCCAUUACGCUCUGAAGAAAUCCACCGCUUCGGUCAAAACCAACCAAUCAGAGCCAGGAGGCGGGUCUUGGCACCGUCAAUCAUCCUCAUGUAUGCUGCUCAAUGUGCUAAUGGUGGGAAAAACAAUUCACUGUUACAGAAAAACUUUUUCUGCUAACUAGCGUUAGCAUUCUUUGCGGGCUAAGUUGUGGUAAACUGAGUGAUUGACAGCACUAAGUCCCGCCUCCUGGCUCUGAUAGGUUGUUUUUGCCUGAGUUUCUGCAGGUAGCACUGGGAGAAAGCAGAAGAGC